GUCCCUUAUCGAGGGCCAUGUGCAGUGGCAAGCUGCAGACAGGUUUGCUGGUAGGCAGCUACUUUGUCUACUUGCUGGUGGGUGCAGCCGUGUUCCAGGCGCUGGAGAGGACUGCUGAAAAGCAACAGAAAAUGGCAGCUGCCCAGAUGAAGGAGGCUUUCCUGCAGAAUUUCACUCACCUCACAGUGGCAGAGAUGGAGCAGUUUAUGAAGAACCUGACUGAAGCAAUUCAGAAUGGAGUAUACCCUAUUGGAAAUGAAUCACAGACAGAAAACAGCAACUGGGAUUUCAGUAACUCCUUCUUCUUUGCAGGCACAGUGGUCUCCACGAUAGGUUAUGGCACACUACGUCCUAAAACUGUUGGGGGCCAGAUCUUCUGUGUCUUUUUUGCUCUCUUUGGAAUCCCUCUGAAUAUUGUUUUUCUGCACCGUGUUGGUAAGAUCCUCUCACUGCUGUGUAAAAAGCUGGGCAAAUUCCUGUACGAGAAAGGAAUGAGAAAGUUGUUUCUUUUUCAGAAGAAGAUCAAAUUUCUGACCCUUCUGUUCUUCCUUGUGACUGGGAUCCUAGUGUUCCUGUGCUUGCCGUCACUAUUCUUCCAGAUAACAGAGGGUUGGUCCUACAGUGAAGGAAUUUACUUUGCAUUUAUCACCCUCAGCACCAUUGGCUUUGGAGAUUACGUAGUAGGUAAACAACCUGGCAGGAUUUAUUUUUCCUACUACCGAACACUUGUGGCCAUUUGGAUUCUUUUUGGACUUGCCUGGAUUGCUCUCCUAUUUAAUUUAUUGACGACGGUUCUAGAAGAUACUGAGAAAAUAAUUGUCAAGGAUCUUCAUCAAAUUGGAAAGGUGGGUGAGGAUAAUGCAGCAAGCCAACCAAGAAGGUGCUGGCCUGUUCAGUUUAUUCCAGAAGAAGAACUGAUAUCACCACAUGCUGAAGGGGAUGCCCAGAAAAUGGAGACAUUAGCAGCAGAGGGUGCGCAGGAAAAUGGAGUUAGUAGCAGCAGGUUCUGAACAAACAAAAAAUGAAAUACUAAUGAUAUGAAAUUUGCUCUACAGUUUGCAGCCAUAUUGUGCUAAAACAUUACAAGUGCACCCAUUUUGUGAGGCUUUUUUUUAAGAUGCUUCCAUGAAAAUGCAAAGGAGUGGCGUGGUAGAGCUUGCUUACUGUAUUUGGAUUUUGCUGCUUGUAAAGAAAAUCAUAUAUCUUCUUGGAACUGACAUGUACAAGCUUUUCUGAGUCGCUGCAUAGUACCAGCACCUUUGGAAGAACAAGAAAUAAGGGUAUAUAACACAAUAGAUGUCCGAUUUGAGACAUCAUAUAGGAUGAACUGGCAUGAUCUGAAAGAUGUGUUGGAAGGACAAGACCUGGGCUCAGUUCAGAGACGAGUGAGCAAGGUUAGAAAAAUGAUAGCUGUAUUAGAAAUAAUUAAUUCUACCUAUUUCUGAUUUAUGCUAAGAUGAAUAAAGGCAAUUUCAUUUCUUA